CUCAAAUUUGAUUCUGCCUUUGUGCAGUUUGUCUAGCUUUGUAGCCCGUAGUUUGGUGUGCUGGUGUCUUCAGCCAGAAGUGCUUGAAGGCCAAGAUGUCCUGUGAGAGAUUCUUCAGACCAAUUAUUGUCUUCCUGACUCUUUCGUACUUCGCCCUUUGGAUCACACAUCUUCAAGUCUUCACUGGGAGGUGGACCAGGGAGCCAAGACCCUUGCCACAAUCUGCGCAUGCCAGGCGCCCAGCCUGCAGCGUGAUUGGUGGCAUUUAUGGCCAGAGCUUCGAGAAUGAAGGCUGCAUGAAGCGUGAGUUGAAGCGCCUAGCAGCCGAACGAGAGGCAUCGGCAGAGAUGGAAGGUUUGACUUUCUCAUCUGAGCUGCAUCGACUGGAGACAUCAAAUGACUUUGUGAAGUUUGCAGCCAAACGCGGGGCAGAUGUCAAGAAGAAAGGUACAACCUACUGGAGAGUGAGCAAGGGCAAUGUGUGGUGGGUAUUUUCCACAAGCAACCAAAAGUUCAAGAAACAAGAAGUCAAGCAUGUGAUCAUCAUUGCAUUCAAAGCCAUGGGCAUCGCUUUCGCGAAGAAGUAAUUAUCCAUCACACGGACGGUAUCAUUUUUUCAUCUUUGAUUUAUGAUUUUCCAUCUAUGUUUAGGUUUUUUUGAGUCAAUAAUUGGGCUUUGGAGUUGCAAUUUCGCACAGAGAGUAUGUAGCCGAGAAGGCCGCGGCCAUGCAACUGCUGCACCGAGUGUGGCUUGAGAUGCGGCUCCAGCCAGCACCGUCAUGUUUGAGAUGCGCAGUUUGGUGGCCGAGCCUCUGGGCAGCUAGGUGUGAUAGAUUUGGUCAGGUCGCACAAAAGAUGCGGAUGCCAUUGCGGUGAAGGAUAUCAAA